AUGAGAUCAAUUUUAUGCUAUGGAGAUUCGAAUACAUGGGGAUUUGUACCAGGUACAUAUGGUACUCGUAAACGUUAUGAUCGAAAUACACGUUGGACAGGUCGUUUACAACAAUUACUUGAUCCAGCACAUUUUUAUGUAAUUGAAGAAGGUCUUAAUAAUCGAACAACAAAUUUAGAUUAUGAUGAUAAACCAAAGGGAUUUCGUGGUACUGAGUUUUUUCCAGUUAUUCUUUUUACUCAUGCACCACUUGAUUUGGUUAUUAUUAUGCUUGGAUUAAAUGAUUUGAAAGAGCAAUUUAAUAAUCGAACAAGUCAACAAAUUACUGAAGGUAUUAAAGAACUUAUUGAAAUUGUUCAUUCAACAAAUUAUGGUCCUACUAUGCAAGAAUCACCACCAAUACUCAUUGUCAGUAUACCAAUACCAAUCGAGACAAGUUGCACGGAUAUGUUUAAAGGUGCAAAAGAACGAACACAAAAUUUAGCUCAUGAUUUAAAAAAUCUUGUUAAUACAUAUGAUAAGAAUGUCUAUUUUGUUGAUGCAGCACCUCAUGUUCAAUAUAGUUCAGUUGAUGGAAUUCAUUUUGAUGAAAAAGCUCAUGAACAAUUUGCUCUACUAAUGAAUGAAACAAUUAGAAAAAUUUUUAACUUAUCUAAAUAA